UGUUUGAAGAUACUGGACUACUCGAAGACCUUUUUUUGCCUUCAAGUCCUCCUCCUCACCUCGUGCCUGAAGAACCUCCAUCAACAGAUGAUUAUGCAGUUCCUCUGCUUUCUGCACCAACAGUGGCCUUUUCAUCAGUCAUAGAGACUGAUACUAAAGAAACAUUAUCUGCUGAGAAGGAAGAAGUAACUCAAGGUAGUCCUGCAGGCAGUAACAAUGCAGACUCUGUCUUGCAUGAGUCUGUGGAAGAAACUCAUUUUCCCUUAGAAGUACACCCUAUGGAAGAUGAAACUGAUAUAUAUCUUGGAGAUAGAGUUAUAUAUGAUGAUGGCUCUGGUUCAGCUUUUGAUGGUUCAGGAAAAGAAAUGGAAUCAAGUAUUUGGCCUUGGGAAGAAGCAACACUGGAACCAAUUUUCUACCCUGGUCCCGAUAGCUGGCUUGAAGAUGACAAUGAGUCUUUGAUAAUAAGAACUGAGGAUAUCCCUGAAGGCAUGAUCUUAGACUAUAUUCUUAACUCUGGGAAUAAAUUAGAUGAUGAUCCUUCCAAAGAUGAGAAUGCAGAUACGGCCAAUACAAAAGAAGAUUUCCUUGAUGAGUCUGAAAUACUUUUCUUUCCAGAGACUACAACUCAGCAGGUACCUCUGUUACAGACAGAAGAGCCAUCAUCUGUGGAACCAUCUACACAGACAAAAACACCGGGCGUGUAUGAUUCUUCUUUUUUUAAACCAUCCUUGGUUUUGGAGCCUUCAGUGGACCAUUCCUUUGUAGACAUGCCAACUGGAGAGGCCCCUAUCUCACCGCACAAUACAGAUCUGUCUGUGGAAGAUAGUCUCCUUACAUCUACAGGGACCAUCAGUAUGGAACAACCUGAAGAGUCCAGUGUAGGUCAGAACACCAUUUCUGAAGCAAUGGAACACCAAAAUGAAGACAGGACAACAGUAGAAGAACUGUUCACAGUGGGGCACUCAGAUGUAACUGAAGCUGCUACAAUAGGCCACUUGGACACAAGCUAUUCAGAAACUAUUCUGACUGCAGAUCCUUCCAUGGUAAAUCCUGAUGCUUCCACAGAAGAGCAGCAAACCCUAGAUUCAUCAUUGGCAGGCCAAGGCACUACUGGAUCACCAAUGGAGAAACCAGCUGAUGUUUGGCCUACUGACAGAGCACUAGAAAACUCAUCAGAUCAGACAGUGCAAUCAGGAAUGCUGACUACCACUCAAGUUUCAACUGUAGUUCCUUCUGUAAUAGAUCAGACCACUGUUCUAGAGGGCUUUGCUGUGCAGGGUGGUACAGACCACGACAUGCAUGUUUCCAUGAGCUUCAGCACUGUUAGGAACUCUUAUCUAACAGUGAGUGUAACAACAAGCACUGUUGAGCUUCCGUCCCAUCUCCCUCCUGUGGGAUCUACGGCGUCAUCGUCUGUGGCUACCUCAACAAAGCUGGGAGAUGAAACGACGAGAGUCCUGGAUGUUUCAGUAGACCUGGAUCGUAUGAGCACUGUCCGCCUUUCUCCUGAGCUGACUGAGGAGGGAAGGAGCAUGACUGAAAGUCACGUGGAGCUAACAACUCAUGUCCAAUCCACAGAGAUGGCCAGUGUGGCUUGGGCCACACAUGAAAAUCACAAUAGUACUCCUGUCUCAUCACGAGCUCUAGUUGUGUUUUUCAGUCUUCGGGUUACCAACAUGAUGUUUUCAGAGGACCUGUUUAAUAAAAACUCCCCUGAAUACAAAGCAUUGGAGCAGCGAUUCUUGGAACUACUGGUGCCCUACCUUCAGUCAAAUCUGACGGGCUUCCAGAAUCUGGAAAUCCUGAACUUCAGAAAUGGCAGCAUCGUGGUGAACAGUCGAAUGAAAUUUGCCAAACCUGUGCCUCGGAACGUCACCAACGCUGUGUACAUGAUCCUGGAAGACUUCUGCAACACCGCGUAUCACACCAUGAACCUGGCCAUCGAUAAAUACUCCUUAGAUGUGGAAUCGGGUGAGCAAGCAGAUCCCUGCAAGUUCCAGGCCUGCAAUGAGUUCUCCGAAUGCUUAGUAAAUCGCUGGAGUGGGGAAGCUGAGUGUGUCUGCAAUCCUGGAUACCUAAGCAUCGACGGCCUGCCAUGCAAUAGCAUUUGUGAUCUGCAACCAAACUUUUGCCUGAAUGAUGGGAAGUGCGACAUAAGCCCUGGGCAAGGGGCCAUCUGUAGGUGUCGUGUGGGAGAGAACUGGUGGUACAGAGGGGAGCACUGUGAAGAAUACGUGUCUGAGCCACUGGUUGUGGGUAUAGCAAUUGCUUCUGUGGCAGGAUUCCUUCUUGUGGCAUCUGCUGUCAUCUUCUUCUUGGCCAGGACCCUUCGAGACCAGUACACAAAGAGUGACACCGAGGACUCGCAGGGGCAGGGUGACAGCCUCUCGUCCAUUGAGAAUGCGGUUAAAUACAACCCCAUGUAUGAAAGUGAUACGACUGGCUACAGCCAUUAUUACCGGAGAUACCCUCAGCUAACGUCCUACAGUUCUACCAGUGCAGAGACAUCCACAGACUACAGCAGUGAAGAGAUCAGGCACAUUUACGAAAACAGUGAGCUUACUAAGGAGGAAAUUCAGGACAGAAUUCGAAUUAUAGAACUCUACGCUAAAGACCGUCAAUUUGCUGAGUUUGUUAGGCAGCAUCAAAUGAAGCUGCUUUAAGAAAAAAAGAAAUCAGUAGAAUGCAUGUGGGAGAUAAAGACUACCUUGUUGCCAUAGCAAUGGGCUCAGAUGUAACUGCAAAGUUACUUAUAGUCUUAACAUUGCAUGGAUGGAUACAGAUGUUUUCUAAAUGAAUGGCUAAAAUGUACAGAUGUCUGUUUAUCUCAAUUACUUCUGGCUUUUCUGUGUAAAGUGACAUUUUUAAGAGGUGAUCAGAAGUGACAGAGGUUAUGAAAGUUCAUUUUUCUUUAACUCUGAAACGGACAGUGAAAGUUUGUAUACCAAGG